AUUUUAUCCCCCCUCACCCCUAGGGUUUUUUAAUUAAACAUAAAUCCUACUAAUUGUACACGAGCUCUAAAAAUCUAGACUUUCGGAGACUCCCCCCCUUGUGCCUGGGUCUGUGACUCAUGAUGAUUCUCAGCCUUGAAUGGUAAUUUUCAGGAUAUUACCAGACACAGAGGGGCGGAGAGAUCAGGGUCCUCAGACUCUAUUUCCUUCAGACAUUCACACACAGUCCCACACAGCAACAUGAGCUCCUCCACAUAUUUCAUGUGGAUAUGCAUUUCUUCCUGGGAACUAAUAGGUGGCAGUGUGUGGACUCUACCUCAUGUGAUGGAGUACCAGACAGUGAUACCUCAAAGGUUGAAGGAUUCAUCUCACAGUACAGAUGCUGCACCGCAGACUUACCCUGAUGUUCUUCGGUACUCUUUGACAAUUGCAGGACAGAACCUCACUUUGCACCUGGAGAGAAACAGGGAUCUUGUUGCUAAAAACUUUUCUGUGACCUACUAUUCUGAUCAGGGCAUCCCGGUGACAACAGCGCCAGAUCUUGAGGGUCACUGCUACUAUCAUGGACACGUUGUAGGAAUGGAUGAGUCUUCUGCCAGCAUGGGACUGUGCUCAGGGCUUAAAGGGUUUGUGCGUCUCACACACCAGCUGUACCUCAUUGAACCUUUGUCUGGUGCCGAAGCGGGACGGCGUGCUGGCAGGCAGAGCCACAAAACUCACAUUGACGAGGGGCUUCAUGCAGUUUACAACUACAAACACCUGAAAAGGAAGAGGAGCUCCUGUUCCCAUGGAAACACAACCACUUUCUACGAUCACGGAGCCCGUCCAUCUGGACUGUUCCAGUUCGGCAGUCUGAAAAGCAGAGCCCAGACUAAAAGCCAUACAAGAAAGCCCAGGACAGUGGAGCUGGUUGUGGUGGUUGAUCAUACUGAGUAUAAGAAAUUUGGCAGCAGGAAGAAAAUGGAAACCAGAGUCCUUGAAGUUGCAAACCACGUGGAUAAGUUAUAUCGCCCAGUGGGUGUGCGCGUGAUGUUGGUAGGUGUGGACAUCUGGUCGGCGGCAGAUCAGAUAGAGAUCAGCACAAAUCCUGAGCAGACCCUUGUUCGAUUCCUGGAGUGGCGUCAGCAGAGCCUUCUUCAGAGGACCAGACACGACAACGCACAGCUCAUCACAGGAGUGGAUUUUGAUGGUUCAACUGUAGGUUUAGCAAAUACCAACGCGAUGUGCACCUCAAACUCUGGAGCUGUCAACGAGGACCACAAUGCUAAUCCGAUAGGAGUGGCUUCUACGAUUGCACAUGAGAUGGGUCACAACCUCGGUUUGUCUCAUGAUGUAGAAAAUUGCAUCUGUGGCUCUUUGAGUUCCAGUAAAGGCUGCAUCAUGGCUGACAGUGUUGGGCUGAUAUACCCAGUGCUCUUCAGUAGCUGCAGUCAGCAGCAGCUCACCAGGUUCCUGGAUGAGGUCGACCCUGCCUGUCUGCUGGAUAAUCCCUCUACUGAUCGUAUCUAUGGAGGUCCCGUGUGUGGAAAUGCAUUCCUCGAGCCUGGAGAACAAUGUGACUGUGGAACUGCUGAGGAAUGCAAGAAUCCCUGCUGCAAUGCAACUACCUGCAAAUUUGUCACCGGAGCACAAUGUGCAGAGGGAGAGUGCUGCCACAACUGCCAGUUGAAACCAACUGGCAGCAUCUGCCGACCGACCACUUCAGAAUGUGACUUGGCUGAAUUCUGCACCGGCCUGUCUGCAUUCUGUCCCGCUGAUGCCUAUGCCCAGAAUGGCUGGUCCUGCAAUCGUGGUGAAGGAUACUGCUACAAUGGACAGUGUCCCUCACAUCAGAAACAUUGCAAGAGACUUUGGGGCCCGGAUGCUGAAGUAGCUGCAGAUGAUUGCUUCUACAAGGACAGGAUCUGCAGGAAGACCUUUUUUGGCCAGAGAUGUUCAGGCCAAGGUCAGUCAUGUGGAACACUUUAUUGCUCUGGAGGCUGGGAAUUCCCAGUGACCUCCAAGAAGUCUUUCAUCACACUCACAAAUGGAGUCAUUUGCAAUGAAGCCACUAUGAACCCGGAAGACAACUACCCAGCAGAUCUGGGCAUGGUACCUACUGGGACAAAGUGUGGCAACAACAUGGUCUGCUACAAUCAACGAUGCCAAGAAAUCAAAAAUAUAAAAGUUUAUGGAGCAAUGGACUGCUCAGCCAAAUGCAACAAUCAUGGGGUUUGUAACCAUGAGAGGGAGUGUCACUGUGACCCCAGUUGGGCCCCACCCUACUGUGAUGUGCACCAGACAGAGCUUCCUAAAGGGAUAGAUUUGGUGCUUAAUGUGUCAAAAGCAAUGGGUGCACUUCUGAUUUUGGUGCUGGUCAUUGGAAGUUUGAUUUACUUACUUAGAAGAAAACAUCUACCUGCUAAGAGAUGUCUCCAGUCUACCUCAGGACAGUCCAACCCAUUGUUCAGGUCCGGCAGUACGCAGGGAGGUCCUCAGCCCGUGCAUAUCAGCCAGCCUACCUUUGUGGAGUCCUCAGCAACUCAAGUUUGUAAAGCUCUGUCAUUCGCUACUGCCAGAUCAUCUCCUGGAGUUAUUAAACCCAGCAGAGCAGCUCCAGAGCCACCUAAGAAAAUGCCAGUUGUGCCUCAGCCAUCAAAGAUUGAACAGGUUGUCAGGCCACUCAUGCAACCAACGUUCGUUCCAAGCAAGCCAGCCGUUUUUGAGUCUAAGCCACUGCCUCCAUCUAGACCUCUGCCCCCACUUGGAGCAAAACCACUCAUGAAGCCAAAGCCUCCAGUGCCUCCAACAAAGCCAAAGUCGUCUGCGGUGCCGUCACUGCUGCACCACACUCAGCUGGUUGCAGGGAGAACCGCCAUGAUGCCCCUCAACAGGCCGAGAUGACAGAAGGAAUAACUCAGCUUGAUGUUAACACUGAAAUCCUCUUGCCUUGAUCUUGUUGUCUCACCUUGAGGAUCCUCUCAGGAGACGUUUGUCUUUAUUAUUGUGGGUCCCAACGAUGGACUAACAACAGGGGACAGAUCCCCUUUUGGCAUCCUGGCUCAGGCUGGGACUGAUGGAUUCGACCAGCAUGCUAAUGACGAACAGCUGUGCUGCCAUGGUGAUGAAUUUUGAUUUUAAAAUGCAAACUGCCUUGAUCCUGGGAGAUGUGAAGUUUUGUUUUGGGUUUUUUUUUUUUUUUUUUUUGCAAUUGCACUAUUUAGGCUUUUACUGAUUCCUGUUCUUUACGCUACUGCUUUUGUAA